ACAAACAGUUUCAAUUGUCUCAACCUAACAGUAGGAUAGAUAUUACACAAUAAUUUUACAAAAAUAUAGCAACGAUUUUCUAUAUAUUUUGUAAUUUAGAGGGAGGGAGACAUAUGCAAGGAAAGGCUCAAGACGCAAGACUUAAGGAUUUCGUCACGCACACUAAACGAAACCCGUUUUAAGUAGGUGAGCAAGAAAUUCCGCAGCUGCAGCCGCAACCCUUAAGCCUGGCGGGCCUUAACCUAAGCGUUAGCUCAAGCCGCCGGGAUACCAAGGAGCUGGACAGGAUAAGGCGAAACAGACAGUGAGCAGAUAAGUAGCUGAGCCGCAGUAAAGUCAAGCAGACUUGUGUUAUACACUAACCGGGAGGUUUUUUUUAUAGAUAUUUUAUGUCAUGGACAAAAAACUGAGCUUACAGGACUAUGAUGCAUUCUAUAAGAGUGCCCUGUUGGCCCGUCAACAUGUCUAUUUGAAUGUACCGAAUACAAUUGGUAGAUUGGAUGAAUACCAGCAGAUAUGUCGAGUGUGCGGCUGCCCCAACGAUGGUCAUUUUGUUGAUCUGGAUAAGUAUCAGGAGUUCGAGUUCGAGCCUUCGAUAUGCAGCUACCGUAUGCUCUUUCAGCGCGCCUCGUUGCAGUUUCAAUUCCAUACCAUGCCCGAUCUGCCGGCCUGCAUUUGCGGCACGUGCGCGUACAAGGCGAAAAUAUUUUUUCUGCUCACGCGUCAGUUUCUGAUCGGGCAGCAGGUAAUGCGCGGAGCCGUCACCGAUUUUUACCGGGAUAACUAUGGCAUCGAGCCGCCCGAGCAGAUGGAGGAUCUCCUGCAGCUACGCAAGCAGCUGGCACUCAUACCCAAAGGCAGAACAGCGCCCUUUAAGGCAAAAACCAACAAGGAACUGAUCAGAGCCUGCGGCGGCAAGCGUCCAGACAAAUUGAAGCGUUCAGCUUCCGAGGAUAGUCGCUUAAAUGCAGUAACUGGUACUUUUAAUAUGCGUGCGAAUGACCAGCCGAGCAAUAUGACAAGUCGCCGCAAACCCAACAUGAAUUGUCAGCUGACACGAUCAACUGUCAAUUUGCGACAUCAGCCGAACAAGAGUCCCAGUCCAGUUAAGAAGGUGCCGCCCAUCCAACAGGGAUCAGUCAUAGCAGUGCCGCGCAUUCAGACGCAACGCAGGGAACGAAAUGUGACCCUUAGGGGAAGCGGGCAAACGGAAUGCAUUGUAACUCCGCGGGUGACAGCUAAAUUCGGUCGGAUCGAGGAGCCGCUUCAUAAAACUCAUGUAGCACAUACCAAAUUACCGGAGAUCUGUAAAGCGGAGGUUGCAGCACAAAAACCAAAUGUGCCGCCAUCGAAGGCUCAGUUGCAGAAAAAGCUUCAGGAUCGACGGAAACAAUGGCGUUAAAUCUGACCCGGCUUUAUUCUAAUCGAUCGCAGUUUCAAUUCAUAUUUUCUUUUCUUUUUUUUUUUGGGUGAGUUGUAGUGUUGUUCGGCUUGGAUUUCGAUUUAAACCAUCUUGAAAUUAUUCACUUUUAAAUUCACGUAUUUCACCAAUUUGUGAGGGUUGCCGCAGCGCUGAACCAGAAACAAAGCGAGGCACCAAAAUAGGUCAAAAUAAAUAUAAACUGUUAAAGCCAAAGAACACGUUAAAUUUCUAGGAA